AGCUGAGCAGGCAGAGAGGGGGGAGAGAGAAGGAGUAUAAAAGGCUGAAGUGCUCUCAGUACUCCAAACUCAAGAGGAUCUGAGCUCUGAGAGCAAUACUGAAACUGAGAAGCCACUCUACGACCACUGAUCACAAUCAUCACAGAAUCUGAAAAUGGAAGCAGAUAAGAAAAUCACACAGACUGAGAAGACCCAGACCACAGACUGUGAUCUGUCUGAGCAGAUAAAAGCCGCGACGAAAGAAAGCCACGUCCGGGCUGAGAACACACAGCUGAUGUUGGCCUACCAGAGGGGACAGGUCUCCCUGCAACAGUACAAGCUCCUGCUGUGUUCUUUGUACAAAGUCUAUGAGGCUCUGGAAGAAGAACUGGAUAGGAACUGUUCCCAUGAAGCUGUUGCUCCAAUUUACUUCCCCCAGGAACUGGCAAGGCUGGAGUCCCUCAAGAAGGAUCUGGAACAUUUCUAUGGGCAGAAUUGGAAGGAGCAGCUUGUGGUUCCAGCUGCUACAUUGAGAUACGCUCAGAGACUGAGAGAGAUUGGCCGCAAGCAUCCCGAGUACCUGGUGGCUCAUGCGUACACACGUUACCUAGGAGACUUGUCAGGUGGCCAGGUGUUGGGGCGCAUUACCCAGAAGUCCUUGGGGCUAAAGACCGGAGAGGGCUUGGCGUUUUUCUCGUUCCCCGGCGUCAGCAGCCCAAAUCUGUUUAAACAGCUGUACAGGGGCAGGAUGAACAGCAUUGAGCUGACCAAAGAGCAGAGAGAGGAAGUGCUGCAGGAGGCAACCCGAGCUUUCGAGCUCAACAUUGAGGUGUUUGAUGAUUUACAGAACUUGCUCAAUAUCUCUGAGAAUAAUGAGCUCAGACAGAGGCACAAAACCCCCAGCCAAAAGAUUCCAGAAGCCAAAUCAGCCCAGACUUUAGUGAUGCCGUCCACUCUGGCCUCCAGCUCUCAGCUCCUCAGGAUGCUUCUCGGAGUGUGUGUCGCCCUGGCGGUCGGCAUGGGCGUCUAUGCAUUUUAAACAGACUCCAUCUGUGGCUGAGCCACUUGUAUUUUACUGUAUAGAGUGUUAACGGUUAUUGUAGAUAAGCUGUACAGAUACAUGCUGACAGACUUCAUAAUCUGGAAAAAUGUGUGUAUAAAUGAGCACUUUCAGCCAUAUGCAGUUUUCUGAUGCACUUUAAAGAAGAAUUUGCAGACGUUUAUGUCGGUGGUCUUUGAGACCCACAGUCCAGCACAUUUUGUAUUGUGUUUUUGUUUGUUUGUUUGUUUGUUUUUUCUGCUCCAAACACACAUGAGACAACUAAAUUUAGUCAUUAACCAGAUUAGUGAGGUAAAGUGGACGUGUCGGAGCUGGAAAACAUGAACAUGCAGUGCAGAGCACUGGGUCUCCAGUAUUUUUCAGAGUUUGAAACCACUGCCGCUUAUUACUGUGGAAAUGUUCUAGUUCUGUUGUAUACAGACUCUCUGUAUGUGUUUUAAAGUCAAAGCAAGUAUGUGUGUGUGUGUGUGUGUGUUUUCUGAUCUAAAGCCAGCCCUGUCUUAACGAGGAGCUCGGGACAUUAACUGGGCAGUGAGAAACACGCAAUUGUUACUGUGUUGUUACUGUAAUACCCAUCCAGUAUUCUGUACUGGAUAUAUGGCAGUGUGUGAGAGUGUGAGUGCGUAUGUGUAAAAGAGAAGGUCUUUUCGUGUACAUUAGAAGAAUUGUGUAAAAAAUGUGUGCAAUUUCAAUUUGCGUGCAAUGUAAAAUGAUGCAACUGUUUAAUAUCUGUAUAUUUUUUGAUAGCCCUGAGGCAUUCUUUUAUGACAUGACAUUUUUUAAAGAAAAUAAACCAUGAAAAGAAAUCAAAACAAAA